CCAAUCAUUCCUGAGGUCACAGGGCAAAGCUAUAUCAGCCCCAGAAUCAGAGACGGCACUUUUAUUUCCUUCGAGCUGAACAAGUGUCAAGAGUAUUUGGAAACUGCUACACAGCACAACAGCGAAUAUUACCUGUAUUCUUUUUCUGUCUAGCCUGAAAGGUAUGUAUUGCACUUGUGGCUGUAGGUAAUAUUGUGGCUCUAAGUAUUGUUUGUAAUAUUGUGUUAUAUAGUUGAUAGUAAUUAUUCAUUUUUUUAGUAUAUCUACAGUGAACAACAGCCAUGUCAUCUAUUUUACUGAACUGUAUGGGGACUGUCACUGACCAUUCUGAAUAUAGCGAACCGGAGGUCCCUUUCAAGAACCCCCAGAUCCAUGUCAAGAACCCCCACUUGGAUACAAUGGAAGAGGAUAUUCUCUAUCACUUCAACCUGGGUACCAAGACCCACAACCUACCUGAGAUGUUUGGAGACAUCAAGUUUGUGUGCGUCGGCGGGAGUGCCAAUCGGAUGAAGUCCUUUGCUCAGUUCAUUCACCAGGAGCUGGCCUUGCCCGGAAACAUGGAUAAUAUCACAGAUAUCUGUGAAGGUACCGACCGCUACUCCAUGUACAAAGUGGGACCCGUACUUUCUAUCAGUCAUGGUAUGGGCGUCCCCUCCAUCUCCAUCAUGCUCCAUGAGCUCAUCAAGCUGCUGCAUCAUGCCCGCUGCAUCGACUUCACCCUCUUCCGCAUUGGCACCUCCGGUGGAGUUGGUCUGGAACCAGGAACAGUGGUGGUCACAGACAAGGCGGUGGACUGCUUCUUCCGUGCCCAGUUUGAGCAGGUGGUUCUAGGUAAGGUGAUCACCAGGAGCACAGAGCUGGAUAUGGGCGUCUCCAAGGAGCUGCUGCAGUGCUCGUCCGAGUUAGACGGCGUUCCAACCGUCAUUGGAAACACCAUGUGCACCAGUGACUUCUACGAAGGUCAGGGUCGGCUGGAUGGAGCUCUCUGCUCCUUCUCCACUGAAGACAAGCUGGAGUACCUAAGGAAAGCCUAUAACACAGGAGUCCGGAAUAUUGAGAUGGAGUCCACCGUCUUCGCAGCCAUGUGUCGUGCCUGUGCCAUCAAAGCGGCUGUCGUCUGUGUGACUUUGUUGAACCGUUUCGAUGGGGAUCAGAUCUCCACCCCUCAUGAUGUGCUGGUGGAGUAUCAACAGAGACCUCAGGUUCUGGUGGCUCACUUCAUCAAGAAACGCCUGGGCCUCAUCGCCUAAGCUCCCUCCGAUCACCUCUGCUGCCCAUGGUUUGCACAUAGCUACAGCCUCAACUGUUAUGUCAACUGUUAUGUGGACAUACACUCAGUGUACAAAACAUUAGGAACUCCUUCCUAUUGAGUUGCACCCUUUUUGCCCCUGACUGAAGUGGAUUUAACAGGUGACAUCAAUAAGGGAUCAUAGCUUUCACCUGGUCAGACUGUCAUGGAAAGAGCAGGUGUUCUUAAUGUUUUGUACAGUCAGUAUAUGUAUACAGUCAUGAUGAUAUGUUAAGAUACUAUUUAAAGUGUUCUAAAAGUACAUGAAGAUUUUACAGAUGUGUUGUAUCGUGUAUGAUUUGUUAAAUGAAGCUCAGAGUGGGCUCCUACGCAAUUGUGUGGUAUAUUUGUAAUGGUGUUACAGUUGAAGUCGGAAGUUUACAUACACCUUAGCCAAAUACAUUUAAACUCAGUUUUUUACAAUUCCUGACAUUUAAUCCUAGUAGAAAUUCCUUGUCUUAGGUCAGUUAGGAUCACCACUUUAUAUUAACAAUGUGAAAUGUCAGAAUAAGAAUAGAGAAUUAUUUAUUUCAGCUUUUAUUUCUUUCAUCACAUCCCAGUGGGUCAGAAGUUUACAUACACUCAAUUAGUAUUGGUAGCAUUGCCUUUAAAUUGUUUAACUUGGGUCAAACGUUUCAGGUAGCCUUCCACAAGCUUCCCACAAUAAGUUUGGUGAAUUUUGGCCCAUUCCUCCUGACAGAGCUGGUGUAACUGAGUCAGGUUUGUAGGAGACGUGAAUCUAACAUACAGUUGAAGUCGGAAGUUUACAGUUAAACUCAGUUUUUCACAAUUCCUGGUGUAACUGAGUUUUGUAGGCCUCCUUGCUCGAACACAAUUUUUCAGUUCUGCCCACAAAUGUUCUAUAGGAUUGAGGUCAGGGCUUUGUGAUGGCCACUCCAAUACCUUGACUUUGUUGUCCUUAAGCCAUUUUGCCACAACUUUGGAAGUAUGCUUGGGGUCAUUGCCCAUUUGGAAGACCCAUUUGCGACCAAGCUUUAACCUCAUGACUGAUGUUGCUUCAACAUAUCCAGAAAAUGUUCCUGCCUCAUGAUGCCAUCUAUUUUGUGAAGUGUACGAGUCCCUCCUGCAGGAAAGCACCCCCACAACAUGAUGCUGCCACCCCCGUGCAUCACGGUUGGGAUGGUCUUCUUCGGCUUGCAAGCCUCCCCCUUUUUCCUCCAAACAUAACGAUGGUCAUUAUGGCCAAACAGUUCUAUUUUUGUUUCAUCAGACCAGAGGACAUUUCUACAAAAAGUACGAUCUUUGUCUCCAUGUGCAGUUGCAAACUGUAGUCUGGCUUUUUUAUGGCGGUUUUGGAGCAGUGGCUUCUUCCUUGUUUCUUCCUUGCGGAGUUUAUACUUGCGUACUAUUGUUUGUACAGAUGAACGUAGUACCUUCAGGCAUUUGGAAAUUGCUCCCAAGGAUGAACCAGAUUUGUGGAGGUCUAUAAUUUAUUUUCUUCGGUCUUGGCUGAUUUCUUUUGAUUUUCCCAUGAUGUCAAGCAAAGAGGCACUGAGUUUGAGCCUUGAAAUACAUCCACAGGUACACCUCCAAUUGACUCAAAUGAUGUCAAUUAGCCUAUCAGAAGCUUCUAAAGCAUGACAAUUUUCUGGAGUUUUCCAAGCUGUUUAAAGGCACAGUCAACUUAGUGUAUGUAAACUUCUGACCCACUGGAAUUGUGAUAGUGAAUUAUAAGUGAAAUAACCUGUAUGUAAACAAUUGUUGGAAAAAUUACCUUGGUCAUGCACAAAGUAGAUGUCCUAUUCGACUUGCCAAAACUAUAUACAUUUGUGGAGUGGUUGAAAAACGAGUUUUAAUGACUCCAACCUAAGUGUAUGUAAACUUCCGACUUCAACUGUAUAUAUUGUGUUGCUUUUGACUACCUUGACUGUGUAGAUGAAAUUGUUGGUUUCUCUAUAACUACACUGAACAAAAUUAUAAACGCAACCUGUAAAGAUCCCAGAAAUGUUCCAUAUGCAUAAAAAGCUUAUUUCUCUAUUUUUUGGGGCACAAAUUUGAUUACAUCCCUGUUAGUGAGCAUUUCUACUUUGCCACGAUAAUCCAUGCAGCCAACUGAUGUGGCAUUUCAAGAAGCUGAAUGAACAGCAUAGGUGCACCUUGUGCUGGGGACAAUAAAAGGCCACUAAUAUUUGCAGUUUUGUCACACAACACAAUGCCACAGAUAUCUCAAGUUUUGAGGGAGUGUGCAAUUGGCAUGCUGACUGCAGGAAUGUCAGCCAGAGCUGUUGCCACAAUUAACUGUUCAUUUAUCUACCAUAUACCGCCUCCAAUGUCAUUUUAGAGAAUUUGGCAGUACGUCCAAAUGGCCUCAACCGCAGGCCACAUGUAUGGCAUUGUGUGGACAAAUGGUUUUCUGAUGUCAGCGUUGUGAACAGAGUGCCCCAUGGUGGGGUUAUGUUAUCGGCAGGCAUAAACUACGGACAAUGAACACAAUUGCAUUUUAUCGAUGGCAAUUUGAAUGCACAGAGAUACCAUGAUGAGAUCCUGAGGCCUAUUGUCGUGCCAUUCAUCUGCCGCCAUCACCUCAUGUUUCAGCAUGAAAAUGCACAGCCCCAUGUUGCAAGGUUCUGUACACAAUUCCUAGAUCUGAAAAUGUCCCAGUUCUUCCAUGGCCUGCGUCCUCACCAGACAUGUCACCCAUUGAGCAUGUUUGGAAUGCUCUGGAUUGACGUGUACGACAGCGUGUUCCAGUUCCCGCCAAUAUCCAGCAACUUUGCACAGCCAUUGAAGAGGAGUGGGAGAACAUUCCACAGGCCACAAUCAACAACCUGAGCAACUAUGCGAAGAAAAUGUGUCGCGCUGCAUGAGAGAAAUGGUGGUCACACCAGAUACUGACUGGUUUUCUGAUCAACACCCCUACCUUUUUUUUUAAAGGUAUCUGUGACCAACAGAUACAUAUCUGUAUUCCCAGUCACGGGAAAUCCAUAGAUUUGGGCCUAAUGAAUUCAUUUCAAUUGACUGAUUUAGUUAGAGGAAUUGUAACUCAGUAAAAUAUUUGAAAUUGUUG